AUGGCUUCUCCCGCCGUUCCAUUCAGCUCCUUCACCUCCACAUCCCUAUUGAAACCGACUCCCUUACUUUUACUAACACGAUCUUAUCCUCGCUUUCACUUCAAACAUUUCCCUAGUAAUCGGGCUGAAUUCCGACCCCUCUAUGUCCCUCAUGUUGCCACCGCCGACGGUUUUCCGAUGGAUGAAUUCUUUGCCGAUGGCAGCGUAGAUACAAAGGGAGCAGGAGAAGAAAAGUGGAGUGCUGCUGAAUACGAGGCCUUGCUCAAAGGUGGUGAACAGGUCACUUCUGUUCUACAAGAAAUGGUGAAGCUCUUGGAGGAUAUGAACAUGGAUGAGGCCCUGGAGGAGGUGGCAGUGCAUUUGGCUGCACAGGGGGUUAUUGGCAAGCGAGUUGACCAGAUGGAGUCAGGGUUUAUGAUGGCUCUUGAUUACAUGAUACAACUUGCUGUGAAGGAUGAGGAUGAAAAGAGAAAAUCUCUCUUGGAGGUUAUUAAGGAGACUGUACUGUCGCAUCUCACCAAAAAAUGUUCGCCCCAUGUUCAAGUUGUUGGUCUGCUUUGCCGAACUCCCCAGAAGGAAAGCAGAAGUGAAUUAAUGAGACGAGUGGCUGCUGGUGGUGGCGUAUUUGAGGGUAAGGAUGGCACAAAAGUUCAUCUUCCAGGAUCCAAUUUAAAUGAAAUAGCGAACCAGGCUGAUGAUCUCCUUGAGACAAUGGAGUCACGUCCUGUUGUUCCCGACCGAAAGCUACUCGCAAGGCUUGUUUUGAUCAGAGAAGAAGCCAGGAACAUGAUGGGAGGCGGAUUAUUGGAUGAAAGAAAUGAUCGUGGUCUAAAUACACUACCUGAAUCAGAGGUCAACUUUUUGACCAAGCUAGUUGCCUUAAGACCGGGGAAGACUGUGCGCGACAUGAUAAAAAAUGUGAUGCAAGGAAAAGAUGAAGGCGCAGAUCGUUCUGAGAGUGAAGAUGUAAUAGCAGGAAAGGCUAGCGUUACUGGGCGUAAACCCUUGCCAGUCCGACCUGGCAUGUUUCUCGAAACUGUUUCCAAGGUCUUAGGUGGAAUAUAUGAAGGAAAUGUAUCUGGAAUUACCGCACAGCAUCUAGAAUGGGUUCACCAGAACACUCUUCAAAUUCUUCAAGAAAUCGCUUUCUAG